AGAGGACAAGACCAAGAGAUCAUAGUGCAGUCUGUCCAGAGAGGAUGAGGACAGAAGAGGAGUAAGACCUCCCUAGCUGAUGAUCUCCUAGGAGACCGCAGGACAUUUCUCUGACUGCUGGCAGUUCCUCUAUUCAACAGGCAAGAUGGCUCGGGACAUGUCAGAUAAAGACAUCCUGAAGAUGGAGAUUGACCAGCUGAAAAUAGAGGUGAACACUACCAGAACAGCGGUAUCAGCAACAGCCACAGAGAUUAUUGCUUUUGUUGAGGAGAAGUCUGCUGAAGACCCCCUAAUCAAGGGCGUCCCAGAGGACAAGAACCCAUUCAAGGAGAAGGGUGGCUGCAUUAUCACGUAGCAAAGGCCCUGGGGGCACCAGGGCGAUGUUCAAUAAUUACUUUUGUAUGAACUAUCAGAAGAUUAUUUGUACUAGUUGAGAUUAUGGGAAAACUUCCACUCUAGUUAUGAAGUCAUGUACAGAUACAGUAAUGUACAGAUAAGAAAGGGGACACCCUCAUUUCGUUCAAAAUCUUUUGUGAAUUGAUGUAAUCUGUAAUCUUUUUAAAUAAACACAUUAGCAAUGUAAUUACAAGUCUCACUGGAU